CCCCCCCUUCUCUCUCCCUCUCUCACAGAGACUUGCAAACCCUAAUAAUAAUAAUAGCCGCGGCGACGCAAAAUUCCAAUUAAUGCUCGCUCCUUUUAACUCUCUCUCCCCGUGCACAUUCGCCCUAUCGCCUAUACGAUUUCUCUUCUCGGAACGCUCUUUGGUUCUUCCAUGGUUGUGAUCUCGAUCAGAUGACCCCUUCUAGGUUCAACGAAGUUCUAAGACAUUCCUGUGAGAAGUGAAGGGUUAACUUGCUGCUGUUAUUACUGUUCAGCAUCACACAUUCUUCACAUAUGAUUUAUCCGUUAUUGUAGUUUUGUGUAUGCUGAGCUCUCGAUAGUAUUUUGACCUUGGAUUCACCAUUAUAGGCUUGAUAAUCAUGGACCGGGCUGACACGUCAGGCUUUGUCAGUGGUGGAGGCUGUGAAAUAAGGUUCCGUACAUACUUCCAUCUCACCUACACUGGGUUCUUACUCUGUAAUAAAUUUUCGAGAAUGCAUUUAUAGAAAGAUAUAUUAGCUCCCCACCUACCAUUCUUCCCAGAUCCUCUAUAGUUAGUGUCAUCCCUUCAUAUAUUAAGCAAGAAUGGAUCUUAACAUGGUGGGUGCUUCACUCACGCAAAUUGGACGCACGCCAACUGUUUGCAAGAAUGACAACUUGGGUGAUACUACAUUGCGUCUGAACUGCCUAGGCUUUGGAAUGGGUACAGUUUCUCCAUAUUCACAAACCAAUAACAGUUUCCCUGCUCAAGAUGAUGGUUGCAGGCUGGUCCUUGGAUUAGGCCCCACACCAAAUCUGUAUUGUGCGGACUAUCACAGUUCCGGAACCAGUAAGGCCAAAGAACCUGCAACUUUAUUUGGUCAAAGUUUUUCUAUGUGUGAUCCAGAAAUGUUAAAACUGGGCCUUCCAAGGGAGACUCCAGAAACAAUUCAAGCUGUAACACCAAGCAACUUCCCGACCCAAUCUCCAUCCCUCGAAAAAGGUCCGUCGUUUCCGGUUGUUGAUGAAGGUUCAACUUCAGCUAAGAGAAAAUCAGGUGGAUACAUGCCGUCUCUUCUUUUUGCGCCAAGACCCCAAACUGUUGGUGGUAAUAAUGUAUCCCCACCGGAAACUCGGGAUUUACUGGAGCCUGAUGUUGAUGAUACCAAUCAUCAAUAUUCUAUUCAGUAUCAGCUUCAUCUCAGUCCUGAACCUUCAGCCACAACAGACUGUUCUUUCGGUGCAAAUUCAGAUAUGGUCAUCAGUGCAACUGCCUCUGAGCAGCAUAGUCAUCACCACCAUCCUAAAAAAUGUAGAUUCAAAGGAUGCUCUAAAGGUGCUAGAGGUGCGUCAGGACUCUGUAUUGCUCAUGGAGGCGGCCAGAGGUGUCAGAAGCCUGGCUGCAACAAAGGUGCUGAAAGCCGAACAGCUUACUGCAAAGCCCAUGGAGGAGGGCGGCGGUGCCAGCAGCUUGGGUGCACUAAGAGCGCAGAGGGGAAGACGGACUACUGCAUAGCCCACGGCGGUGGGCGGCGGUGCAGUCACCAAGGUUGCACAAAGGCUGCGCGGGGCAAAUCUGGGCUGUGUAUCAGGCAUGGUGGUGGGAAGCGAUGCACGAGAGAGGGGUGCACCCGGAGCGCUGAGGGGCAGGCCGGACUGUGCAUCUCUCAUGGCGGGGGCCGCCGGUGCCAGUUUCAAGAGUGCAACAAGGGCGCUCAGGGUAGCACCCUGUACUGUAAGGCCCAUGGUGGGGGGAAGCGAUGCAUCUUUGAAGGCUGCACUAAGGGGGCUGAGGGGAGCACCCCUUUAUGCAAAGGGCAUGGCGGGGGCAAGCGUUGUCUUUUUGAGGGAGGCGGUGUUUGCCCUAAGAGCGUUCAUGGUGGCACAAAUUUCUGUGUGGCCCAUGGAGGAGGGAAGCGGUGCGUGGUGCCCGGGUGUACCAAGAGUGCCCGUGGGCGUACUGAUUGCUGUGUGAGGCAUGGUGGUGGGAAGCGGUGCAAGUUUGAGGGGUGUGAGAAGAGCGCACAGGGGAGCACGGAUUUUUGCAAGGCCCAUGGGGGAGGAAAGCGGUGUACCUGGAGCACAGGGUGCGAGAAGUUUGCAAGGGGUAAGAGUGGUCUAUGCGCAGCUCAUGGGAGUCUGAUGAUUUCGCAACAGGAGCGCGACAAGUGCGGGAGCAUGAUAGGACCUGGCCUGUUUAGAGGUAUUGUGUCAAGCUCGACGACAGUAGGGAACAGUACGGAGAAUGAGUACUCUUCUUCCGGCAUGAGCACCUUAUCAGACUGUGUCGAGUCGCAGGAGAGUAUGGGGAGGAGGCAGCUACUUAUACCGCCUCAAGUGUUGGUUCCACUCUCUAUGAAGUCCUCUUCGUUGUCGGUACCAGCGGGUGGGGGAAGAGAGGGAGGAGGAAGCCAGGAGCAGAGCUUUGGGUUUGUGGUCCCUGAGGGACGGGUGCACGGCGGCGGGCUAAUGUCUUUGCUUGGUGGGAGUCUCAGAAAUACAAUUGAUGGUGGGAAGGUGUGAAAUUUAUUCAGCUGGGUUUCUCUAGCUCUACUAUCCAUUUCUCGUCAAGUAUCUGGACCUGUUUAGGGACAAAUUGUCUAUUUCUGCUGGUCUAUGUCUAUUUGAUAAACUUUGUUUCUUAAUAGUGUCGCUCGGUCGUGUUAGUAUUGAAAACAAUGUAUCAUAGAAAAGUAAGGUUUUGUAUUCAUGUCUAUGUGAUGUAAUUGUCUGUAAGUUUUGAACCUCUGAAUCUUUCCUAGUCCUAGUUCUUGUGAAUAAGCGUUGUUUAAAGAUAAAUCUGUUGCUUGUAUCA